CUUUAAAGAUGGGUGCAAAUAUCUCCGAGGCUGAGGUGUCUGUUGGACUAUACGUAGUCACGUUACAUUGACAGAAUCAAAGUUGCAAACAUGCCUCACGCACUUACGUCCCGCGACUCCAACAUGGAGGCUAAGCCUCUGGGGACCUACGAGAACACUGGCAUCGAAGUACUGAUUGUAGGUACCGGUCUGGCGGGCCUCGUCGCUGCGCUCGAAUGCACACGCAAAGGACAUAAUGUUCGCGUUCUGGAAAGGAAUGCCGACAUCAACACAGCUGGUGACAUGUACUUCAUGGGUCUCAGCGCAACACGGUUCUUGAAGCAUUGGCCAGAACUCCUCGAAGAAUACAAGAAAAUUUCACUCCAUAAUGCUUGGAUCGAGACCUUCAAGCACUCCGGCGAGGUUGUUAUUUCUCCCAAGAAGGUCGCCGACCGUCUGCGAGCGCAGGGGCUGGACCCCGACACCCCGCCUGGCGAGUUUCAGAUGCGUCCGCUAGUCUACCGCAUGUUCGUGAGUGCAGUGGAGAAGCUUGGUGUCUCAGUCGAGUUCAAUUGCAAGAUCGUAGAUUACUCUGAGGAUGAGACGACCGGCAAGGCUUAUUGCACAACAGAAGGCGGGAAGUCAUAUGAGGCUGAUGUUAUCAUUGCCGCCGACGGUGUAGGAUCAAAGAGUCAGAAAUUGGUCGGUGGUCAGGUUCGAGCACAGCCGUCUGGGCGUGCCAUGUGGCGCGCUGCUUUCCCCAUCCAGGAGCUUGACAAGAACCCCAAGGUCAAGGAGUUCUUCAAAAUGAUGCCUGGAAAUGAGCCGAUUGUCAGGACAUGGCUGGGUCCGUCUACCUACGCUCUGACCUUGACCCGUGAGGAUGUGAUGGUUUGGAUUAUGAACCACGAUGUAACUGGUACCGAGAAGGAGAGUUGGAACAAUACCAUCGACAAGGAGGAAGUCUUGAAGGGUAUGGACGAGAUGCCUGGUAUGGAGAAGAUCAAAUGGGCACCCAUCUUCAAGGAGCUUGUCGACGUCACACCUCCAAACACAAUCGUCAACUUCGAGCUGCUCUGGAGAAACCCUCAACCUAAGUGGGCCUCACCCGCCGCCCGCGUAAUCCAGAUUGGUGAUUCCGCACACUCCUACCUCCCGGCCUCCGGAAAUGGAGCCACGCAAGCCAUCGAAGAUGCCAUCUCAAUUGCUUCUUGCUUGCAGAUCGGCGGCAAGGAGCAGAUUCCUCAGUCAGUCCGUGUACACCUCCGCUUCCGCUUCAUCCGCAACUCCUGCGCGCAGAAGCUCGGCUUCUCGAACGCCGAGCUCUUGCAAGACACCGACUGGGACAAGGUUAAGCUCGACCCACGUCGCGCUGCACCCAAGCUACCGAAGUGGGUAUGGUCGCACGACCCUGAGGCUUACGCGUAUGAGAACUACCACAAGGCUGCUGAGAGCAUUAAGAAGGGCAUCGAUAUGGCAGAUGAAGACAGCUACGAGCCCAACUACCCCAAGGGCUACAAGUACGAGCCCUGGAACAUCGAGAAGAUCAUGGAAGACAUGAGGGCUCACAAGCCCAUCGAUCUUGGCCCCGGUGAUUGGGAGUAGGUUAUGGGCCUGAUUCCACGAUAGACACGAUAAAUGCAUGUAUUGGGAGUUUAGCGAUAAAGCAAUAUUCAUUACCACCGAAAAUCUAAGCCGCUUCUUUCAACUUGUUACGUACCAUGUAUAUUGCACAUGCGUUACACAGUCUCUCAAAUUGAGCAUCCUGCAUGCGCUAAUUCUCUGCCACAAAUUUCAACUCUGUUUCAGACAUCUCAUUUCCAGUUCAGGACUGCUGAUUGUGUGUCACUCGCCCAUUCGAG